AUGCCGGGAAUGAUCCCGGGCAUGCCGGGAAUGAUCCCGGGCAUGCCGGGCAUGCCGGGCAUGCCAGGCAUGCCAGGCAUGCCGGCAAUGAUGCCGGGCAUGCCUGGCAUGAUGCCGGGGAUGAUGCCGCACGCUGCCAUGCAGCCACAGGCGCAGGUGAGACCCGUGCCAGAAAAGCCGGAGGUGCUGGAGUGGCCCGCCUGGCUGCGGGCUGGUGCUCCCUGCAGUAUUUGUGGUGAUGCCGGCAAAGAGGGACUACCCCAUGGUGUAAUUUGCCGACGGCGAAAAGCAAAGAACGCGGUCGGCGGAUGCAGGAAGGGAGUGUGUUGGGCUUGCAUGGGUACGCAGCCACGCUCUUCCUUCGGAAUGGUGCGAACGACCAAAGAAGAGUUCGAGUCUUUGGAGGAUGAUGCAUGGUGGAUGCACGAGAGAUGUAUGCAGCCCUCAGACCUGCGCGCGUACUUUGGUGGCGAGAAGGAGCUCGCCGAUGCACAGGCCGCCGCAGACGCUGCAGAUGCCGCUGCGAAGGAAAGCGAGAAGCCCAAGGAGACUGAAGCCAAGAAGGAUCCAAUUGAAGCCGAGAAGGAGCGUGUCAAGAAGAUGUCGGUCAAGGAGUUGAAGGCCUACCUCGACAGGCACAACACUUCGCACGCAGACCUGUUUGAGAAGCCGGACCUCGUCAACAGGGCACUGGAGGUUUGUUCCAAUUCCGUUCCCGAGCCACCUCCAGGGCCCGCAUGGAUGACAGCUGGUGAUGUUUGCCGUUUGUGUGGCAAGCCUCAAGCGGAGGACCAGCGAGGUAUAUUCUGCAGGAGAAGAAGGACGGAUGGUCGCAUAGCCGGGUGUAACGAAGCCAUUUGCUGGCGCUGCAUGAAACGAGCGCCCAAGGACUCCUUCGGGAAGGUCCGAUGCACCAAAGAAGAGUUUGAAGGACUUGGGGAGGAUGCCUGGUGGAUGCAUCACCAUUGCUUUGAAGAUGGAGAUUGGAAGGAUUAUUUUGGGGAAUCUGAACCAGAAGAAGAUCGCUGGCUCAGAAAUCCUGAGAACGCAUGA